GCCUUCCUGGUCUAAUUGUAUUUAAUGAAUUUUACUUUGAAUUUGACAUUCAUCAUGUACUUCACCAACUUAACCAUAAUUUAUUAUAACACAAAUCUUUAGUAGAUUUUUAAAGAAUCCUUAUCAAAACUUUAUUUUCGAGAUAAUAUUCACGUUAAAUAUAUAACAAGCGCGUUACAAACAUAUGUAUCUACCAGAGUUACUUUAGUCAUCAAUCGAAGCUAUGCAGGCGCAGACUUGUGUGGCCACAAUGGCGGAUGACGAAUGGCGGGUAGUGAAUACUGCGCAAGGGCCUGUGCGCGGACGCAAGCAUCCCACGGAGGAUAUAUACACAUUUUACAAUAUACCUUACGCCACAGCACCUGUUGGCGUUGAUAAGUUCAAGGCUCCUCUGCCACCUCCGGUAUGGUCAGAACCAUAUGAUGCUAUCAAUAAAGACGUUAUAUGCCCGCAAGUCAAAUCACUGUUCACCGAUUUAAUUCCAAAAGCUGUGGCACCUCAAGAAAAUUGUCUUAUUGCUAAUGUAUUUGUACCAAAUACAGUUCACAAUAAUCUUUCGGUCGUAGUGAAUAUUCAUGGAGGAGGAUUUCAUAUUGGCUGGGGAAAUAUGAUGCAAUACACUCUGUUAAUGAGGUCAAAAGAUAUAAUCGUCGUAACGUUUAACUACCGAUUGGGUGCCCACGGCUUCCUUUGCCUCGGCACUGAAGCAGCACCAGGCAAUGCUGGAAUGAAGGAUCAAGUAGCAUUGCUGCGUUGGGUGCAAAAGAACAUCGCCAGCUUUGGUGGUAACCCAGAUGACGUCACAAUCAUAGGUCAAAGUGCAGGAUCUGCAUCAGUUGACCUAUUAAUGCUAUCUAAGUCAGCUGAAGGAUUGUUUCAUAGAGUUGUGCCAGAAAGUGGGUCAAACCUUAGUCCAUUUACAAUACAAAGUGACCCUUUAGAAAAUGCCAAAAAAUAUGCCAAAAUGCUCAAUUUUACUAAUGUUGACGAUAUGCAUGCUCUAACAGAGUUCUAUACAACGGCUUCGUUAGAAUUAUUGACCUCAGUUACUGGCGUCUUUGGUAGACCAGAUUUGAAUUUUAUAUUUUCACCAUGUGUGGAACGAGAUAUUGGAGAAGAGACAUUCCUGACAGAAUUCCCUUUGGGCAUAUUAAAAAGCGGAAACUAUAAGAAGUUACCUGUGUUAUAUGGGGUUGCUGAGAUGGAAGGAUUGAUGAAUAUAAAAUAUUUUGAUGACUGGAAACAUAAAAUGAACGAAAAAUUUUCAGACUUUCUACCAGUUGAUUUGAAAUUUGAUUCUGAAGAGGAAAAAGAAGAAGUCGCUAAAAAGAUUAGGCAAUUUUACUUUGGAGAGAAGCAGGUUGGCGAUGAAGACGUUUUGAAAUUUGUUAAUUACUUCUCUGAUGUGGGAUUUAUUCAUCCAAUGCUUUGGGCAACUAAGUCCCAUGUGGAGGCCGGCAAUGAUCAGAUAUAUUUGUACGAAUACUCGUUUAUAAAAGAUGACGCACCUUUGAUACUACAUACUAAUAUUCGAGGUGCGAACCAUAAUGAUCAAUCUAUGGCUGUAACGGACAUGUAUCCACCUGAAUCUCUGGCAACUCCAGAGUACCAGAAGAUGAGAAAGAUAAUGAGAGAAAUUUGGCACAAUUUUAUUAAAACGGGAAAACCUGUGCCCGAAGGUUCAUCGCUACCUGCGUGGCCCGCUGCCAGCGCUGACAGGUCACCAUACAUGUCACUGGGUCAGAAGAUAGAGCUGCGUGGUGUACUGCAAGAUGAACGCACACGCUUCUGGGAUGACAUCUACCAGAGAUACUACCGGGAGCCUGUACCACCGCCAGGAGUUCCCCCCAAACCACGCUCUGAAUCGUAAAACAAUUGAAUAUUAACUUUCGAGUGGCAUCCAAGAAUUAAAGAUAGGUAGUUUAAGGUAAUUUUUUUUUAACUAUUUUUUUUAAUACUGUGUAGCUUCGAUUAAA